AUGGGUCAGACACUUUCCGCACCCAUUACGGAUAAGCACUCAAGUGCUGGCCACGAUGGACGCUUUGCCUACGGAGCCUCGGCUAUGCAAGGAUGGCGAAUCACCAUGGAGGACGCUCACACAACCUUGCUGGAGGUAGAGGAUGCCAAGGGAACCGCGUUUUUUGCCGUAUAUGAUGGCCAUGGAGGCGCAAAUGUGGCCAAAUACAGCGGCGAGGGACUACACAAAAGGAUCAUUGCUGACCAUGCGUUUUCCAAGGGAGAUUAUAAGACGGCCAUCAAAAACGGGUUUCUAGAGAUGGACAGGGCGCUUCGCCAUGAUCCUGAAUAUGGCGGCGACUCUUCAGGAUGUACAGCUAUAACGGCUACUAUCACGGAUAAAAACAUCCUCUUUGUGGGAAACGCCGGUGACUCUCGAGCGGUCCUUUGUAGUGAUGGAGCCGGUAUUGCUCUGUCGAACGAUCAUAAACCUGUGAACAAAGAGGAAUCCAGAAGAAUCGUCGCUGCAGGAGGAUUUGUAGAGUCUGGUAGAGUUAACGGUAGUCUUGCGCUCUCUCGUGCAUUGGGCGAUUUUGAAUUCAAGAUGAACUCCACUUUGGGGCCGGAAGAUCAGAUCGUCACCGCCAACCCUGUUAUCACGGAACACCCCUUGACUGACGUUGACGAAUUCUUGGUUCUUGCUUGCGAUGGCAUCUGGGACUGUAUGAGCUCGCAGGAGGUGGUCACCUUUGUCCGCAAGGGAAUCGCCGACAAAAUUCCUCUUAAUACGAUUUGCGAGAUGACCAUGGAUCAUUGUUUAGCAUCCGACAGCGACAUGAGCUACAUUGGCUGCGACAACAUGACCAUGCUUAUUAUCGCCUUCUUGAAUGGAAGGACGGUCGAGGAAUGGUACGAGAAUAUCAGCAACCGUGUCGCUGUACGACUCGGACCCGCCGAUCCAUCAAUCUCCAGACCUAACGGAGAUGAGGAUUCCGAGGCCGCAGCUGAUGAAUACUCUACUACAUCGGAGCAAAAGACGGAAGAGACGACAGCAGUCGCAGAGUAACCUUACCAGGGUCACUCUCAGGCAUCUUUUUAUUUUAGGCAUCGCGUCCAUCUGAAACGCAUUCAGGUUUAUUUUCUUCUCGACUGUGCAAGCAAACAAGCAAGCACCCAUUCAUGCAUUUGAAACAUGUACCUUUUGUGCCUUG